AUGGGUACCUUCACUAUGAAAGACAAUCCAGACAUCAGAAGGCUCCUUUCUAGCCCGCAGUCUGAAGACGACACGCGCUUCGACGUCAUGCUUCUCGACGAGGAUUCUUGGAAAGAUGAUGACCAAAAGGGUGCAGUACUAAAGACAUCCUUUAUCAUUCCGGGAUCUAACCUUGGUGGGGAUGAGGAGCAUGGCAUGAGGGUGAUUCAAAAGGAUCUCAGCAAGGAUGCGCUCACAGUUCAGUGUGAUCUGCCUCAGAUCACCCACGGCACCAUGUCAGAUGGGGGGGCACCCGCAACGCUGAUUGUGUUCCAAUUCGCAUUCAUGCCUCGAGACAAUCGCAAGCGCUUCAAGAAAGCUACCAUCACGAUACGCUUUUCAGAUGGCGAAGUCACUAAUAUUACGCCAGAUGGCUCCUGGGCGACGUUUCAGUCGGAGACACAGCAAGAGCUGAGCCAUAGCGUUAAUCCUACUUUGGAGGCGGGGAUUGAAAUCGCGAAAGCGACGGUGGGAUACACGUGGCAGCUUAAAAAGAACACAACGAUUGAGGGCCAUUCCACUGUGUUAGGCUGCACUCAGACGCUGGGGCAAUCAAGCAGCACGAGAAAGGCGAGAAAGAACGCCAUUCUAUGGGUAUUGCAGGAGAACCCACAAACAAAGAGCGGAAUCCCGAGCUUCAUGCAGGCCGCUGCCCUGUUAAAACGGGAGGGGACAACUGCAGACCCAAUGGGCCAUAUGUUCAGCGCCGAGAUCACCAUCCGAGGCGAGGUAGAAACCCAUAACUUGGUCACAGACAAGCUGGAGAAUCUCAAGAAGAUGUUUGGUAAUCGCAAAAGGGGGCAAAAUAUCUUCUUCGACCCAAACAGGAACAGGGGAGUUUUUGAUAACGUCGAUGACUUGGGAGAGGUGAAUCUGGAUACCUACAAGCAAUUAGUCACCAUCAGGCCAUGGGUGGAUGGAAAUGGAAAGGCCACGGAUCAAGUUCUCGUGCCCCCAGAGGUAACACAGGAUGAGUUUGCGGCCCAGCCUCUUCCUCAGUUACCAGGUACGGAGCCUGUUGCUGUAUCUACAGCUCAAGGGAUUAUAGCUGCUAGUCCUUCUGUGGAGGAUGGAACCGGGGAAAUCACUUCACAUCUUUCAGCUGGCAACUCCGAUGAGAGGCUUUACAGGUCACGAAUGAAGACAGAUGCCCUCAUGCUGGCAAAUUCGACAUCAGCAAGUUCAAUUUCUGAAGAUGAUGGGGUUGAGGAUCGGGUUACAUCUCUCAACACAGACGAGAAACGACAGAAGCUCGAAGAUUUGGAAGAAGAGCUGCUGUUGGUGAGGAAUGAGACAAGACUGGUAACUCAGCUGUUCAUGCUGGGGAGGGAAGAGGGAAGGCUCCUCAAGGAGAAGAGAAAGCUGAGGUGA